AUGUCGACCAACGUAGCCUCGGCGAGCGCAUCGCCCACGGCGCCUGUAAAGGCGCCUCCGCAAGGAGGUGUACUGGAAGGUGUCAACCCAGUACAUUUUGACGCAAAGAAUCCCAUUAUUCUAUUCAUUGUGCAGGCCUCCAUUAUCAUCAUCUUCUGUCGCGCCCUGAACUGGCCCCUCUCUAAGAUUCGACAGCCUCGAGUUAUAUCCGAGAUUAUCGGCGGCAUCAUUCUUGGACCUUCCGUAAUGGGCCGGAUACCAGGCUUCAAGACUUCGAUCUUUCCGGAAGCAUCAAUGACCAACUUGAACCUGGUUGCCAACAUUGGUCUCACCCUUUUUCUGUUUAUCAUUGGCUUAGAAGUAGAUCUCCGAUUCUUGCUUAGCAACUGGAAAGUGGCUCUAAAUGUCGGCCUGGCCAGCAUGGCCAUACCAUUCGGCCUAGGUUGCGCCAUUGCAGUUGGGCUGUACAAUGAGUUCAAGGACGAGCCAGGCACAGUGCAAAUUGGUUUUCCCAUCUUCAUGUUGUUUAUUGGCGUUGCAAUGGCCAUUACUGCCUUCCCUGUCCUCUGCCGUAUCCUCACUGAACUAAAGCUGCUUAUGACCCCUGUGGGAGUCAUUGUGCUAGCAGCUGGCGUUGGAAACGACGUUGUGGGAUGGGUCCUACUUGCGCUCUGCGUCGCCCUUGUCAAUGCAGGCUCUGGUCUGACAGCCCUUUGGGUGCUUCUCACAUGUGCCGGCUAUAUGCUGUUUCUCGUCUACAUUAUUCGACCGGCCUUCAUAUACGUCCUUCGCAGAUCCCGUGCGCUCCAAGAUGGUCCUAGUCAAGGCAUCAUCAGUCUCACGCUAUUGAUCGCUUUGGGGUCAGCCUUCUUCACUGGUAUUAUUGGAGUGCACCCCAUCUUUGGAGCCUUCAUGGCCGGAUUGAUUUGUCCACACGAAGGUGGUUUCGCCAUCAAAGUGGCUGAGAAGAUUGAAGAUUUGAUCGGCGGACUGUUCCUUCCGCUAUACUUCACCCUCUCUGGUCUUAAUACCAACAUUGGACUGUUGGACUCUGGCAUUGUCUGGGCGUAUGUUAUUGGAGUCGUCGCUGUUGCCUUCUUCUCCAAGUUCAUUAGUGCCACACUCGCAGCUCGCGGAACGAAGAUGUUGUGGCGCGAGUGUUUUGCUAUUGGCUCGUUGAUGAGUUGCAAGGGUUUAGUAGAGCUGAUUGUUUUGAACAUUGGGCUGAACGCCAAGAUUCUCAGCACACGAACCUUUACCAUCUUCGUCGUUAUGGCCCUCGUUACCACGUUCGCCUCUUCUCCGCUUACAAUGUACUUCUAUCCACUGUGGUACCAGAAGAAGGUUGAGGCCUUCCGCCGAGGCGAGAUUGACUGGGAUACCGGAAAACCCUUGGACGGAUCCGAAAGCGCCAGGGACAGCGUGCAUUAUGACAAGCUUGCUGCCGAGAAGAUCAAGCGGUUGACCGUCUACCUUCGUCUCGAUAGCAUGCCGAACCUACUUGCUUUUACUUCCCUCUUUGGGGGGAAUGCGGACAAGCCAGCGGCAAAAACGCAUCCUUCCAAGGUCAUCGAUACGAGCAACGAAAUUGGCGAAUUGCCGCAGGAGGGAGAUACGCCGCAUCGACCAGUCGAAGCUUAUGGCCUACGCCUGCUAAAUCUGACAGAUCGUGGAUCUUCCGUGAUGCAAGUGUCCGAGAUGGAUUCCUACACAGCGUACGACCCUGUCGUCAAUACCUUCCGGACGUUUGGUAGACUACAUAACCUAGCGGUCAGCGGCGAGGUUCUGGUUGUGCCAGAGUCAUCAUUUGCCGAGACUUUGAGUACACGGGCUUCAGACUCCGACUUCCUCCUGCUUCCAUGGAGCGAAACGGGGGGUAUGUCCGAACAAGCCAUCAUUGAGGAUAAGGGGACGAAGAACAAGCUUGCCGCCUCGUCCUACACCUCCUUCGUCAACUCGACUUUCGAGCAAUCCGGUAUUCCUGUGGCGGUGCUUGUGAACAAGAACUUUGGCGGCAGCAAGAACAAAGACCAGAAGCAAGACUUGAAGCUCACCAAAAAGUUCAGCAACAUUAGUCUUGCUAGCACUCGCGACAAGGCCGUCACAGCACCCAUCGCUGACCGCAGUCACCACAUAUUUUUCCCAUUCUUUGGUGGUGAUGACGAUCGUACAGCUCUUCGUCUCGUCUUGCAGCUCGCCGAGAACCAGCAUGUGACUGCCACGAUCGUUUAUUUCAAUGUCCCCGAAUCCAUUAUCGGCGCUGUUUUUGCAUCUACUUCAUCCACAAGCGCAGUUGCAGGUAAAGCAGGUGAAAUUGUACAUACGUCGCCUUCUACUUCCAGCGAACAAGACGCAGCAUUCUUCGCAUCACUGCACGCCUCCCUGCCCGCGGAUCUUGGAGACCGCGUCAUUUUUGAAACGGUGCCUUCAACCACUCCAGUUAAGGAUGUCAUCGCUCGAGCAAGUAUUGAAGUCGGGCAAGCACCCAAGAACGCAGGUGACCUUGUUGUCUUGGGUAGGAACAUUGGCCGAAACAAUGUGUUGGCCACAGACGAUGCAGAUGCGAUCACCAGCUCAUCAUCUGCGGCAAGUACAUUGGGCGUUUUGGCGGAGAAGGUGUGGGAGGGCAAACUGGGCGCGAGUGUGCUGGUAGUGAAGGCUGGGCUGUGA